UGCGCAUGCGCUGUCCGUCUUUUCCUCGUAAAUUUCCCGAGAAAGGGCAAAAAAAAUCAAUGGAUGUUUUUUUCCAGUGGUAUAAAGAGAAAGCGGUGCACCUCGGCUACAUCCUCCACCCCGGACAAACCGAGCUCGGAAAACACGGUUUCUUAAGGGCCAGACGCCUUUUUCACCUACCGUGAGCUGAAAUGAGACUCGAGCACCUCUCGGAUGGUGGACUGCUCAGCUGAAUGUCAGCAGGCUUUCAGACUUAACAUUGGCAGACUGAACGAGUGGCCUCCUUGGAGACCAGAAAUGCCCAGAAUCCUUGAAUAAGCUGCUUGUGGAGCAUGGGUACAACUGCCAGUGCCGCGCCACAGCCUGUUUCCGUAUCGCAGCCGCUUGAGAGUGUCCAUGGCAACGGGAUGGCCGACAGCAGGCAGUCUCUUAGCAUGAGCCCCUUUCAGACAGUCAACAUCCACAACAACAAGGCCAAGUCCAUUAUCACCAACAAAGUUGCACCUGUCGUCAUCACGUAUAAUUGCAGACAGGAAUUUCAGAUUCACGAUGACAUCCUCAAGACCACCAACUACAAAGUUGGUCGUAUAUCAGACGCUAUGCCCGAGCACUACCUGGUGCAGGGGGAGUACUUCAUGGUCCAGGAUGUGUACAGCAAGGCAGACGUCCUCAAUACCAUGGGCAGCUAUGGAGCGCCCAACUUCCGCCAAGUCAAGGGGUCCUACCCGCUGUAUGGGAUGGGUCAGCCGAGCCUGAGUGGCUUCAAACGGGUUCUUCAGAGGCUCCAGGCGCAAGGACAUGAGGAGGUUAUAUUCUUCUGUGUAAGAGAGGAGCCAGUGGUUUUCCUGCACAAGGAGGACGACUUUGUGCCGUACACCCCCAGGAGGAAGGAAAACCUGCAUGAGAACCUUCAUGGCCUGGAAAAGGAGGAGCUGGUGGAGAGCCUGGAGCUCACCGUCAGGAAGGAGCUCCACGACUUUGCCAAGCUAAACGAAAACAUCUUCUAUGUCUACAACGACAUAGAGUACUUUAAAGAUGAGCCGCAGAAGAUCUCUAUCACGUGUGAGGAGGACAUCCAUGUGACUGAAGAGGUCUAUAAGAGGCCCAUGUUCACCAUGCCAGCCUACAGGUACUACAGAUUACCACUACCAAUGGAGGGAGCACCAUUGGAAGAAGACUUUGACGCAUUUGUUAACAUACUCAGGGAGAGCACCAGCUUGUCUUUGGGCCACGAUGCAUCCUGGCAGCUGCCUGCUCUGCUCUUUAGCUGCCAGGUGGGCGUUGGCCGCACCAACCUAGCCAUGAUCCUGGGCACACUGGUCAUGAAUCGCCUGAGGGAUGAUUCACAACCGCCGCCUCAAGUUGAGGAGGCAGUAGCUUCAGAGCCUAAACCACUGUUCCAGGUCAUCCAGUCUUUGAUCAACAAGCUGCCUAAUGGACAGCAGGUCAUGGAGGAGGUUGACCAGGCUAUCACCCUGUGUUCAGAGAUGCACAACAUAAAAGAGGCAAUAUAUGAGAACAAGAGUAAGCUGGAAGGGAUUGGAGAAGAUUAUCAAAUUCAGGGAAGCAGCACCAAAGACUACUUUCUCAACAGAACCAUGCAGAGCUUGGAGUGCUACUUCUACUUAAUUGUAUUUAAUGCAUACCUUCACGAACAGUAUCCUCUUGCCUUUGUGUCCAACUUCAGCCAGUGGAUGUGCUGCCACGUGUGGCUGUACAGGUUACUGGCCUGCAUGGACUUAUCAGAGCUCUCGGCCCCAGCUGAGCUGGUCACCAGAGGAGCUCGUGUCCUGGUUGCUGAUGAGUGCUUGGCUCCGGACGUGCUCAGCACAGUGAAGGAGAUGAAGGCGGUGAACUUCAGACGGGUGCCCAAAAUGCCUGUUUAUGGAAUGGCUCAGCCAACAUCAGAGGCUACCGGAGCAGUUUUGGCCCAUCUGACGGAUGAGAAGAGGAAGCACAGCCACGUGUUGUGGGUCAACUUGCAGGAUGAGCUGAUGCUGGAAGGGAACGGUCAGAUUUUUACACCAAGGGAGCCCUCGGGCCUGGACCAACACAUUCCUAUCCCAUCGUCUGACCCACAGCUACUGGAGAAACUGGAAACGUCUCUGAAGGAGGAGAUCCUGCGAGCUCAGAAGUGGCUUGAGGUGACGCUGGAGCAGGAGAAACAGAUGAAGAUGUUUAAAAGCUGCAUGACAGUCCAGGAGAUCUUCAACCAGCACAAAAGCUCCCACCAGGGCCUCGUCUACAAACGCAUCCCUCUGCUGGACUGCAGCGCGCCCAGGGAGGAGGAUUUUGAUAAGCUGUUGGAGGCCAUGAAGAGUGCCUUGGCUGAAGACUCUCACUCAGCCUUCGUUUUUAACUGCUCUAACGGCAAAGGCAGGACCACGACCGCCAUGGUUGUUGCUGUUUUGACUCUCUGGCACUUUAAUGGUUUUCCAGAGUUUGCUGAUGAUGAGAUUGUGAGUGUUCCUGACGCCAAGUACACAAAAGGAGAAUUUGAGGUCGUGAUGCAGCUGGUGCGUCUGCUCCCUGACGGCCACAGGAUGAAGAGGGAGGUGGACAUGGCCCUGGACUCUGUCAGCGAGACCAUGACCCCUAUGCACUACCAUCUGAGAGAGAUCAUCAUCUCCACGUUCAGACAGAUCAAAAGUGGAAAGACGGAGAAGGAGUGUCAGCAGCUGCUGCUCAAGAGCCUGCAGUACCUGGAGCGCUACAUUUACCUCAUCCUCUUCAACACAUACCUGCAUCUAGAGAAGAAAAACUCCUGGCAGCGUUCCUUCACUCUCUGGAUGGAACAGGUGGCGGCCAGAGCCGGAGUUUAUGACAUCCUCAACCAGCUGGGCUUCUCUGAGUUUGAAAACCCGAGAGACACGCCGCUGGCCAGGCUGCGCUGCCGCUGGCAACAGCAGAACAUUCAGUCACUUCCUUUCCGAGGGGAGUUCAUCUGAGAGGGGAACACUGUGAACGCACCAAGACAGUACUGUGCUUUUCAGAAUAAAAGACAUUUACAUUAACAUUGUUAUGCCUUCUAUAUUUACCCCUGUAUUAUGCAUAUCUUCACUUCAUCUAUUGUUUAUUGCUUCUUUUUUUUUUCAAACUCACUGGCAAUGUUAACAUUUUGUAGGUGUUUCAAUGUUGAGUCAUAGCUGAAUGUUGCUCCUAUAUUAGAAGUUGAUAUUUGUGCCUUUGCCUUUUUUUUAAAUCAGUGGUAGAACAUAGAAUUUCAAUGUACUAAUAUUUUACUUUUUUCAAAUCAAGGUUAAAAAACUUUCUUUCUUUAUGAGUUCUAGCAUUUGAAGAGGAGACAGCUUUUUAAAACAGCUGUUUGAACAAGACAAGAUUUAAAAGUUGUUAAGGAGGAGAGAAACAAAUUCCACUGUGUUGUUAGCCAACAAUUUUGGUUGUAUGUCACAGCCGUUUGCUGUUGUGUGACCUGAUAUUUUUCUUGAGCCCUGUCUUUUUCUUCUCAGCGCAGCUGUCAUCAGUGGCUGUGGAUUUGUUCGACUUGAGGUUUUACAUUUUUGAGAAGAUUCACUGUGUACAUAUGAAAGCUGUUAUUUAAAUGUGUCCUUCAGUUUUUUAAAGCUGAUCAGAGUGGAUGUUUUUGAGAGGAGUGUUGCGCGAGAUGCUGUUGAGUUUGUUUUGCUACAGUAUAACGUCAGUAAUGUGUCCAUCUGUUGUACCCGUUUCUUUUUACUUUUAUUUACAUGUGUCAUGAUACAGGUACUAACAGUACAGCAUGUCAGGAAUUUUUAUGUUAGUUUGAUUUUACUUUAAAGCUGUAAAUGUAUCUUUGUAUUUGCAUUUGUAAACAUUGAGGCAAUGAUGCUUAAAAAUUGCAAACAUGCUUUUUCCAGAGAUUCCUUUGAAGUCCCCAGCGAUAUAAUCUUUUUUAUUCUACGCAUUAUUUUUCCUUAUCAAAACCUGGGGCCUACAUUACGCACAGUGCAACUCAACCGCUGACAGUUUGGUUGGAGAUUUGUGUGUGUUAUGCUAGCAGCGGCUAAUGUAGCCUUGAGUUGCUAGCCUCAAUCAGAAAUAAGGAGCGGGCUACAGAGGUCUGGUAAUCUCACUUCUUUCGAACUCCACACCCCCAGAUUUUUUAUUUUUAUUUUCAAACUUGUAGUCUUCAGCCCCAACCGAGGAUGACUCAAAUGACAUCACUUGAGGCAAUUUAUCAGACUUCACACAGCUCCCUCUAGAGCCACAAAAGCCUUUAUAAACCUCUUUUCACAUAUGCAGCAGUACACCCCGAGACCUGUAAACAGACUUUGAUGUGUAAAAUUGAAGUUCCCCUUUAAUUAGCUCAGCUCUCACAGACUUCACGACCCCUGCUAGUAAAGUUACAAUUUCUGUGACAUCACUAGUUCAUCAGUAGGAAUUAAAUUAUACAUGUCACAGCCAAGACUGCAAAUACUUGGGUUAAAAAGAACACUUGGUAUCAAUUGAUAUACCCUUUAACAAGUGCAGCUCAUGUUUGUGUCAUCAAUGGAAUGAGACAAAAGCUGCAUGUUUUCCUAUUCUGGACAAUAAGUUGUGAUUGAAUUAUCAGCAAAGCAGGACAACCAUUGUUUUUGUUCAACACAUGCCAAUUAUUGCUUAGCGUGCCUACAUUAAUAACUUUUACUGUACAGUAUUUCUUUAAGAGUCCUAACACUUUUCUUGUUUGAUGAUUUUGUUAUUCUUUAAUUUGAUAAUGUGUUUAGUUGUAAAGUAACUUGUAGCUCAGUGUUAAAAACCAUAAAUCCUGCCUUAAAACCAGAAAGAUAAGUCAGAAAAGAAAAUCUUCCACAUGCCGCUCAUUACAAUUUUCUUUUCUGUCAGUGUACCAGAACAUUUGCACUGUAUAGAAUUGAUUCAGACAAAUUGAGCAAAAAGAUUGUGAUGAUUGAUAAUGAAAUUGAAAUAGCUUUUUUUACAUUUGAGAGAAUCCAUUACAAAUCCAUCUUUGUGUAACUUGAUAACACAAGAACAUACAUGUGCAGGUUGUUAUAACACCCUAACACCUUAGUUAUGCUCUUAAUUUAAUGGGGGGGGGGGGUUAAACAGGCACUCUUCAUAGAGGCAAUGCAUUAUCCUUUAUUCACUGUAUGUGCCAUUUAUUUUCUUUUUGGGGGGUUAAAAUAAAUAAUUCAAAUAGA